AUGCUCUUCACUUAUAUUCUCGCAUUAGGGAUAUCGUGCAUUGUUGCCCUGGUUGUCGCUUCGGGUCUGCUUCGCAGACGUGUCUACCCUUUACCUCUGCCGCCUGGCCCUCGUCCCUUACCAAUUUUGGGUAACGCGUUGCAACUGGAUACUAAACGACCUUGGCUCACAUAUACUGCGUGGGGAAAGACAUAUGGGAAAAUCAUUCACUCCCGCGUACUUGGGAUCGACUUUAUCAUCAUAAACUCCGAAACCAUCGCACGGGAGUUGCUGGACAAGCGUUCUGCGAAUUAUUCUUCUCGCCCCGUUAUUCCCACCAACAAAUUAUCUGGACUGGAUUUUGGUACUUUGUUCCUUCCAUAUGGCGAGACUUUACGGCGACAUCGCAAGAUCUACCAUCAAGUCCUCAGGGCCGAAGUCUCGGUCUCGUACCACGAAAUGUACUCUCGCCAUGCAAAUGAGCUAGUCAUCAAUCUCUUAGGUACCACUAGUGACCCAUGGCAACAGACUGAAGCAUACACGGCAUCCCUAAUCAUGACCGUGACGUACGGAUACCUUGCUCAUGGACAUGAAGACCUAUUUUUUAACCCGCGCACGCGAACUCCUUCAUAUUGGGCGAACAAAUUGGUUCUCCAGAGGGGGCUGCCAUGUUCACAGCCUUUCCUUUCCGUGAGUGCCUCUGUCGACGACAUAAUUUUCAACAUUCAGCAUCAGGUUGCAGUCGAAAAGUUGCCGUUUUGGUGCUUUGGUGGAGGAUUUGCCCUGAUGGGACGCAGUACAGAAUUAGCUCAACAGCUUUUGAACGAGCCCUUUGACGAAGUAAAGGCACAGAUAGCAGAUGGUACUGCUUCACACUCAUUAGUCGCUGACUUUCUCAGUCAAGCUCAUGACGACGCUGACGAAGAAACGAUGAAGGCUGUUGCGUUGAUGGCAUACAUUGCUGGCAUUGACACCACUACAGCCACAUUGCGGAUAUUCCUGCUAGCUAUGGUGCUCUAUCCUGACGUCCAGGCCCGUGCUCGGCGUCCACUACCCUACCUUGACGCCGUUCUCCUCGAGGCCCUGAGAUGGUAUCCUAUCGGACCCCUAGGAGUUCCACAUGCGACAUUAAAUGAUGAUGUUUACGACGGGUACUUUAUACCCAAAGGUGCGAUGGUAAUGGUUAAUCAGUGGGCACUAUCUCGGGAUGAAGACAUAUAUCCCGAUGCAUCACGCUUCGAUCCUAGUCGCCAUCUAACAAUUGACGGAAAGCUGAAGGACCAUUUCGUCAGUCAUCUUGCCUUUGGUCAUGGCAGGCGUAUCUGUCCCGGUCGUUGGUUUGCAGAGAACAGUCUAUGGACUGCAGUUUCUGCCAUACUCGCUGUCUUGCACAUCGAUCAUGCCAAAGACUCGAACGGAGACAAGAUUGAGGUAAAGCCGCAGUUCGGCACCGGCUUGGUGGUUCACCCUGAACCAUUUCACUGCUCGUUUGUUGGCGUGAACACAGCGAGAGAAGGACAUCUUCGAGAGAUGAUGAAAUCGAAGUAGCCUCCGUUUGUACUUGUGAUGGUCUGUCAUUUAAUUGCACAUAAUUGUACAAUGGCAGUGUGCACUGGAUGGCACGGUUCCACGGCCUCUGUCUCUGAUGAAAAAGAGAAUUGCUUUCGAACCCAUUGAAUCUUCA